CUUCGUCAAGAUCUUUAUGUUCGUAUUAAUAAUCUAAAAAAGGAUCUUGAGAAAAAAAAAAAACAUUUAGAACAACUUAAGCAAAAUGCAGACUAUCAACAAAAAUGCAGAUUGAGAAAAGAAAAGCGAGUAAGAGAGAAAAAUGAAGUAGUUAUAUAUGAUUGUGCUGGCCGCCCGUCAGUUCUUUUUGAGCACCCUGAUCUUCUUAAGCACAUGCACAAUUUCAUCAAAUUUGGCGUAGCUGAUGCCAAAAGAAGAAAAAAAAUAAUUAAAGUUCAAUCAGUAGCACAUCUACAAGAAGAGCUUGAAAAUAAUUACAAUGAAUACUUAUCUAUGAGCACGCUUCGCAAUUAUUUGUUGCCAAAUAACAGAAGUUCGAUCACAGCCAGAGCCCACCACCACCCUGCAUUGAUUGGAAUAGCUAAUGUUUCACAAA